AUGAAUGCUCUUCGGCUAUCCUCCCGUUACGCUCCGCGAGCCUUUGGAUUGACAAGAAAUGUCAAGUCAACCCCAAGCUUGAACUCUUACCGUGCCUUUGCCAGUGGCUCCGGAAACGUCCCCGUUGCUAGUGGUGUUCCAGAACUUCACGAGCUUGGAAGUGUCGACACUGGAUUCUACGAUGAUCGUAUUGACAAAGUGAAAGAACCAGAAAGACGUGCAUUUGCUUACAUGAUGCUUACAACUGUCAGAUUUGCCUAUGCAUCUGCCGCCCGAUUGCUUGUCGUGAAGUGCGUCGCCUCUUUAAGUAUUUCUGCUUCCGCUGCUGCUUUGGCGACUGCUGAUUUCGAUCUCAGCGAGGUCGAGUUCGGUGAGACUAUUACUGUCAAGUGGCGUGGAAAGCCUAUUUUCAUUAGGCGCCGAAAGCCAGAAGAAAUCGAUGAAGUCCGGGCAGUCCCCAUGAGCCAUCUUCGUGAUCAAGAGGCCGAUGAAGACCGUGUUACUAACCCUGAAUGGAUUAUUGUAUUGGCUAUCUGCCCUCACUUGGGAUGCGUACCAGUAUCAAAUGCUGGAGAAUACAAUGGAUGGUUUUGCCCGUGCCACGGGUCGCACUACGACAUCAGUGGACGUAUCCGCAAGGGACCUGCCCCAUUGAAUCUCGAAGUUCCUCCUUACAAGUUCAUGGAUGAGAAGAACCUUCUCAUUGGAUAA